GUCACGCGCUUUCUUCCUCAAAAAGGGGCACUCGAAAACGCGUCGAAGUGACGCCCAUCGUCCGUUCCAUUUAUGUUCCUCAUCUGAAAACAAAAUAAAAUAAAAUACGAUAAUAAUAACAAGAAGAACGUCUUGAUUCCGCCAUUAUCGCCACCUCCGUCAUCGCCAUCCCUCUCUCUUGGAACGGUUUCUUCUGUAGUGUAAACAAUGGGAGGUGGAAACGACAAUCACGGCAACGAGUCAACUGACAAAGGGCUAUUCUCGCAUCUUGCUGGAUACGCUGCAGGCCACUACCCUCAUUCACAUGGGGCAUACGCCCCUCCUGGUGCAUACCCUCCUCCGCCCCAUCAAGGGUAUGGAUAUCCCCAGCAGGGGUACCCUCCUGCUGGAUAUCCUCCUGCUGGAUACCCUCCUGCUGGGUACCCUCCUGCAGGUUACCCACCCCCAGGAGGAUACCCACCACCAGGGGGUUACCCUCCCGCUGGUUAUCCCGGUCCUUCAGCUCCAUAUCAUCCAGGUGGGCAUAGCGGUCAUGGAAUGGGAGCAGUGGUCGCAGGGGGACUUGCAGCGGCUGCUGCUGCCUAUGGGGCGCACCACAUGUCUCAUGGAAGCCACCAUCUGAUGCACGGCCACACGGGAUACUAUGGGCACGGGAAGUUCAAGCAUGGCAAGUUUGGGAAGCGCUGGAAGCAUGGCAUGUUCGGGAAGCAUAAGGGCAAAUUCUUCAAGAGAUGGAAGUACUAACCUCGGUCUGCUUUUGCAGCUGCUGAUGCCACCGCUCGCUGCUACCUCAGCGGGGCCUUAUGAUAUUUGCAAAUUUUAUGUCCUGAUUUUAACGUCAAGAUUCUUAUUUUGGUUAUUUUUGUUUUGGUCGUGGAGAUUAUGUUUGGUUGUAAAUACGCGAGUGAUUCUAUCCGGAAGAACCAACUAUUAGUCAUGAAUUCAAUGGUUGUGUUGUACCUCGUUCA